GCUUCUUGGGCUCGCAAUCGACGUCAACACGGCCGAAAGGGGAGGGGGAUAAUCUCUUCUUCGAAUAUAAAAUCGUUCGUCUUUUCCUGCUCUUCUGGUCUCCAGGAAGCAAGCCAUUCAUUCGUUCAUUCAUUCAUUCCUUCCCACUCCAGUCUUUCUUUAACCGCACUGCACAUAUUAGCAUCCCUGCUAUAUAUAAUCUUACCUUCUUUGAAUUUCUUUCCGAUACAUAAUAUAUCACCAUGAAGGCUUCAUUCUUCGCUGCCGUUGCCGCUUUGGCUUCGACCUCUCUCGCCGCUCCCACCGGCCUCCCCCUCGUCGGUGAUCUCGUUGGCGACCUCCCCGUCCUCAAGGAUCUGCCUCAGCUGCUCGGAAACCUGCCUGUUGUUUCCGACCUCUCCCAGGUCAAGAACCUCAUCCCCUCUGCCACCAACGCUGCUCCCUCUGCUGCUCCCUCGGGCAAGAUCGUCCAGGAUGUCGGCCACGAAGUCGACAGCGUCUUGACCGUCACCGGCCCCAACGCUAAGAAGCUGCUCAUCAAGGUCUCUCCCGAGGUGGCCCAGACCGUCAACAGCGUUCUCCCCGGCGUCGGCACUCCCAUCGGUGCCGUCGUCGCCUCCGCCGCCUCCGUCGGUGACCUCGUCACCCAGGUCGGCCACGCCGUCGACGGUGUCCUCACCGUCACCGGCGAGGGUGUCGGUGCUCUCCUCAUCGAGCUCGACGGUACCGUCUCUGGUCUCCUCUCUGGUCUCGGUCUCGGUGGCGUCGGCAAGCCCGUCGGUGACCUCCUCGGUGUUCUCGGUGCCAACCUGAAGCGCGACCACAUCGUCCAGGACCUCGGCCCUCAGGCCCAGAACAUCCUCACCGUCACCGGCUCCGACUCCAAGCAGCUCCUCGUCCAGGUCUCCGGCCCCGUCUCUGAGCUCCUCGCUAACCUCGGCCUCCUCGGUACCGGCAAGGCUGCUGGACAGGUCAUCAAGACCGCCGGCAACGCUGGUGACCUCGUCAAGGACAUCGCCGGCGACGUCAACAACCUCAUCGUCGUCACCGGCAAGGACACCGGUGCUCUCCUCAUCCAGCUCGACAACCCCGUCACUGGCCUCCUCGCCAGCCUUGGCCUCGGUGGCCUCGGCCAGGCCGUCGGUGAGGUCGUCAAGACCGUUGGCGAGAGCUUGUAAAUGUGAGCUCUUUAUCUGAACAAGAUGAGCUUCCCUGACCGUGUCAUUGUCUGAUUGGGCUGGUGUACGCGGCAACGAAUUCGCAUGAGAAUUUAUAAAUACCAUUCCGUUUUUGUACUUUUGUGGCAGAUAGAGGUUUUAAUUGCACAUAUUGGUUGGCAUAUCAAUGUAAUACUAUCACGAUUAGCAUUCAGAUUUUACU